UGCCAAGCUGGGCUAAAUGAGAUCCUGCCUGAAAACAAUUUUAGGACGAUGACCCGGCAUGGGAAGAACUGUACAGCGGGAGCUGUCUACACCUACCAUGAGAAGAAAAAGGACACAGCGGCCUCGGGCUAUGGCACCCAGAACAUUCGACUGAGCCGCGAUGCUGUGAAAGACUUUGACUGCUGCUGUCUCUCGCUGCAGCCCUGUCAUGACCCUGUGGUGACCCCAGAUGGCUACCUGUAUGAACGGGAGGCGAUCCUGGAGUACAUCCUGCACCAGAAGAAAGAGAUUGCCCGGCAGAUGAAGGCCUACGAGAAGCAGCGAGGAGCCCGGAGGGAAGAGCAGAAGCAGCUUCAAAGAGCUGCAGCACAGGACCAAGUUCGAGGCUUCCUGGAGAAGGAGUCAGCCAUCGUGAGCCGGCCCCUCAACCCCUUCAUGCCCAAGGCUGCCCCCUUACCCCACACAGAUGGCGAGCAGCCAGGGCCCAGUGCGGGCCCUCCAGGCAAGGACAAGGCGCUGCCCAGCUUCUGGAUUCCUUCACUGACCCCUGAGGCAAAGGCCACCAAGCUGGAAAAACCAUCCCGCACUGUGACCUGCCCCAUGUCUGGGAAGCCACUGCGCAUGUCAGACCUGACGCCAGUACGCUUCACGCAGCUGGACGACUCCGUGGACCGCGUGGGGCUCAUCACACGCAGUGAACGCUAUGUGUGUGCAGUGACCCGGGACAGCCUGAGCAACGCCACGCCGUGUGCAGUGCUGCGUCCCUCCGGGGCCGUGGUCACGCUGGAGUGCGUUGAGAAACUGAUCCGGAAGGACAUGGUAGACCCGGUGAACGGGGAUACAUUGACAGAGCGAGACAUCAUCGUGCUGCAGCGGGGCGGUACCGGUUUUGCAGGCUCAGGGGUGAAGCUACAGGCAGAAAUGUCCCGACCUGUGAUGCAGGCCUGAGCCUUGACGUAAUAAACGUGUCUGUGAAUGGA